AUGUCAGACGAGUCGGAAGCGUUGCUCCGGGUUGACCAUGUGAAAUAUCGAAAAGCUGGUGACGGAAAAUCUCCAAUCGGUCGGCUGGCUCUUUUCACAGAUUUUAUCGAAUGGAGGGAUAAUGCGAGUCCCGAGGUGUUCACUUGCAAAUUUAUUCGCAUUAAUGGUCAACGUGUCUCACCGCCGCACAAGUCGAAAGUACAACUGCAACUAAUUUUGAAAAAUGAAGAUCAGGCGACAUUUGUAUUCCUGAAUCCGAGUGCGUCAAAAGAAGAUCUGGUUAAAGAACGAGACGCAGUGAAAGAGGCACUUCAAUCGGCACUUGUUAAGCAUAGGCAUCGUGUUAAUGAGCUGGCAAAAUCCGUGGAGAGCCAAUCAAAGCAAGUGGAGCUUCAAGCAAAACAAAAAAUUCUUCAAGAAGAUCGAAAUCUGGAGAAACUUUAUCAAAAUCUUGUCGCCACAAAACUCAUCACUCCAGACGAUUUUUGGAGUGAUUACUAUCAAAAAGAGGGUGUUUCGGAGGAUAAAAUUGGAAUUAACGGUGCAUUUCUCGCAAAUAUCGUGCAACAAGAGGGUACAAAUGGUGUUCGUCUAAAUUUGAAUCCCGAAAUUAUUCAGGCGAUUUACUCGACGUAUCCAGCUGUUCAAAAGAAGAAUCUGGAAUUGGUACCACACGAAAUGUCCGAGGAAAAUUUCUGGAAAAAGUUCUUCCAAUCUCAUUAUUUUCAUCGUGAACGUGAAGUUCUUCCGAAUCCAAAAGAUCCAUUUGCGGAAUGUGUUCGGGAUGAUGAAGAGGAAAUGACAAAAAUGACUGCGGAAAAGAUUCAGAGAAAACGUUUCGAUUUGGAGCAUAUUGAUGAUAAUGGGCUUAGAGAUUUUAUUCAUAAAUCGGAAUCUCAACAGAAAUCAGCAAAAACUACACUAAUCAAACGAUGCAAUUAUCUAUCAGAAAAGAUUCUUGCGACUUCUUGGCGUUCCGGUGAAGCAGCUCCAACAACUUCAGCUGCUGCAAAUCAAAAAAAGGGAUUCGGAGUUCUUGAUAGACUGGUUGCCGAAACCGAGACCCGCCUGGAAUCUGAAGAUCUCGCCACAAAAGAAGCUGAAGAUGAAGUUCAAAUAGUCCGAAUCAGUUCAUCAGCAAAAGCAUCACAAGCCAAGUAUUCAAAGCCAGAUAUGACAAGAUACAAGGCUCUAGUGACAGAUUAUUUCCAAAAUAGUUCAGUUGAAGAUAUUCUUCAUCGAAAUGAAAUGCUUUUGGAUCAACAAGAAAUGGAGACUUGGGAAAUGGAAGAAGCUAUGGAAACGGAUAAUAAUGAAGUUCCACCACCAGAGAAUUGGUGUCAAAGUGCUGGGGAUUUGGCAAAAGUUCGAGAUGUUCACAGUGCGGUUCGUGAGAUUUGCCGACAAUUCUGGAAGUCAUUCCCACCGAUCGACAAGGCUUCAGAGGAAAAGCUCAAUCGAAUGGCUGGCACAUUGAGCAAAUAUCGAGAUGAUAUUAGAAACAGUGAUAUCAGUAAGGAGAAUCUCACACAUUGUAUUCAAAUGAUUGAUCUCGCCGUGGACAAGUUUGAAGCUUAUGAAAUGAAGAAAAUGAAAUGAAUCUCUUAAUUUUUAAUUGUGAAUGAAUUUGAUAUUGAUUUU